AUGGGUUCUAUCGGGGUCACCCAAACGCAUUCCAAUGCAGGCUACCAGAUCAUCGAACAGCCCAGCCGCCUCGCGAGGAAGAUCCGCAUUGUGGUCAUCGGCUGUGGUGCCAGUGCCAUCAAUUUCGCCCACGAUGUGGAUAACAGCGGCCUGGAUCUGGACCUGGUCUGCUACGACAAGAAUCCCUCGAUUGGGGGGACGUGGUAUGAGAACAAGUAUCCAGGAUGUGGCUGCGAUAUCCCGUCGGUGAAUUACCAGUAUUCCUGGGCGCCGUCGACGCAUUGGUCAUCUUUCUAUUCGAGUGCCGCUGAGAUUUUGCAUUACUUCAAGUCUGUGGCGCAGGACUACGGUCUGAUGAAGUACAUGCAGCUCAACUGUAAGGUGAUCGAUGCCAGAUGGGAUGAAGAUAAACAGCAGUGGCAUCUCAAGCUUCAGAAUACGAUUUCAAAUGAAGUUUUCGAAGACAGCGCUCAUGUCCUGGUAAAUGCAAGCGGUGUUCUCAAUAAAUGGAAAUGGCCUGCAAUUCCAAAUCGAGAACACUUUAAAGGCCAAAUGCUGCACAGUGCAAACUGGGACGACAGCAUUCAGCUUCAAGGAAAGCGAGUGGGAGUGAUCGGGUCAGGGUCCUCUGCUGUCCAGAUUGUUCCCAAUAUCCAGCCAGUUGUUUCUUCUUUGAAAUGCUUCAUUAGAAGCCAGUCCUGGGUUACUGCCAGCUUCGGACAGCGCUUUGCAGGCAAAGGAGGAACGAACUUCAAAUACAGCGAGAAACAGAAAGAAAUCCUAAAGUCCAACCCGGAAAAGUACCUUGCAUACCGCAAGAAGAUCGAGUCCGAGCUCAACUCGCGAUUCCGCUUCAUUCUCAAUGGAUCCAAGGAGCAAGCCGAUGCAAGAGCAGCAGCCGAGAAGGACAUGCGCACACGACUGGCCAAGAAACCUGAGUUGGCCGAUCUGAUCGUGCCCACCAACUUCGCCGUCGGCUGUCGUCGCCCAACUCCCGGGGCUGGAUAUCUGGAGGCCCUGUGCCAGGAGAACGUUAGCGUCGUCUCCUCCAGCAUCCAGGAAUUCACCCAGAAAGGUAUCCGGACCGCCGACGGCGUGGAGCAUGAGUUUGAUGUCAUCGUCUGCGCCACGGGCUUCGAUGUCAGCUGGAAGCCUGCAUAUCCCACCAUCGGGCGAGACUCGCGCAGUCUGAGCAAGGAAUGGGCAGACAUCCCGAACACGUAUCUGUCUAUUGCGGUGCCUCAUUUUCCGAACUACCUGAUUUUUAACGGCCCCUACGGUCCGUACGGCCACGGGAGCUUCCUGCCAAUAACUGAAACAGUGUCCAAGCAUUUCCUGCAAAUGUUGACGAAAAUGUCUGAAGAGGGCGUUACCUCCUUUGACGUGAAGCCCGAGGCCGUGGCAGACUUUGUACAACACAGACGACAGUUCCUACCGCGGACGGCCUGGUCCUCGCCCUGUCGCUCCUGGUUUAAGCAGGGCACGGUCGACGGCGAGAUCAUGAUGUGGCCCGGGUCGCGGAUCCAUUUCUUUGAAACGAUGAAGGCGCCGCGGUGGGAGGACUAUAACCUGACCUAUACGACUGCGAAUCGGUUUGGGUAUUUGGGUAAUGGCUUUGCGGCGAGGGAGUUCGAUGGGAGUGAUUUGACUUGGUAUUUGGGGCUGAUGGGUGAGGAUGUGCAGCCAGAGCUGCCGGACGAGGACUUUGCAGAUUUCAUGGUGUUGUAG